UCUUACCUGACUUGUCUAGUUAAAUACAAAUAGUAAUUGUUUGACGAAACGAAGCUUCGGACGUCAUUGAUCACGUGCCUUUGAUAAAGCGUCUGCACACAGCUUCAAAAUAAACUGCUUAGCGAUUGCCUCGGCGCACCGGUAUUAAACGUAACAUCACUAGUUUAUGAAAGACAGAGUGGACUAACAACUUGUGCUAAUUAGCUAUCUGCAUCACUGACACCUGUGUGUAAACAAAAGACAGACGCCACAAACAUCUUGUCACUGAAAAAUACUGUCGGGUGCAACUGUGUUAACCGGUUAAAACAUUGUACAGCGAGGCUAAGAUGGUGGACCGGCUGGCGAACAGCGAGGCCAACUCCAAGCGGAUCCAGGUAGUCGAGGGCUGCUUCGGCGCAGCGGGCCAGCCACUGGUCAUACCGGGCCGGGUACUCAUCGGUGAGGGUGUGCUCACCAAGCUGUGUCGCAAGAAGCCCAAGGCGCGCCAGUUCUUCCUGUUCAACGACAUCCUGGUGUACGGCAACAUUGUCAUCCAGAAGAAGAAGUACAACAAGCAGCACAUCAUCCCGCUGGAGAGCGUCACCAUCGACACGGUGGCUGAUGAAGGCGACCUGCGGAACGGCUGGCUCAUCAAGACACCCACCAAGUCCUUCGCUGUCUACGCGGCCACCGCUACCGAGAAGUCAGAGUGGAUGAGCCACAUCGGCAAGUGCGUGGGCGACCUGUUGGAGAAGAGUGGCAAGGCGCCGACUGGCGAGCACGCCGCCGUCUGGAUACCAGACUCAGAGGCCACCCUCUGCAUGCGCUGCCAGAAGAUCAAGUUCACGCCCUUAAGCCGCCGCCACCACUGCCGCAAGUGCGGCUAUGUGGUUUGUGGCCCGUGCUCUGACAAGAAAUUCCUGCUGCCCAGCCAGUCGUCCAAGCCGGUGCGUGUGUGUGAGUUCUGUUACCUGCAGCUGGCCUCCGCAGGAGGGGGGACGGGCUUAGGCCCACGCUCGGACUCCUACAGCCGGUCAGGGUCAAAGUUCAACAACGUGUCGGACGACGAAGAUGAGGAGGACAGCAGUGACUGAGGAAGGCCCUCCUGACAGCCUUCCAUCUUCCCCUUUUAGUAAUCAAUUAGUAAUAUUCCACUUGUAAUUAUAAUUUUUUUUUCUCUCCGCAGCUUCAAAAUACCGUAGGAAGAUUCAUUCAUUGCACAGCAGUGUUUUGGGGAAAAGUAAUUUUUUCUUCUAGCUGAAAUAAACGCUUUUUAAUGAUAAUAUAGUGAAAUGCCUGAUGGGAAUUGUAGUAAGUUCGGUAAAAAUAUCCCACACACUAUUUGUAGUAUGGCUGCUUCCUGUAUGGCGUGCUCCACAGUCAUCCUCUUUGUUCUCCAUUAAACAGUGGACCUCACUACAGGAGAGAAUUAUGCUAAUGUCAUCCUCUCUUCUAUUAUAUUCUUGAUUUCAUUUCCCUUUUUUUCUUUUCAUUUCCCUUUUUUUCUCCCCCCCCACCAGAUGAACCUUAAGAGGUACAUGCCUCAAUGCUGAUAUUUCUUCAGGGAGAAGGGAUUAGCAUUCAGUCACACUUCACAUGGUCUACCUAACCAUUUAAAUAUUUCAGGUAAAAUACCUAUAGGUGCUUUUUUUCUCGGUUUGUACCUGCUUCAGUAUUUUCUAACCUAAAUAAACCCCCCUUAACUAACCUCUCAAAUGAUUACAGUAUCAAAGCCAGAAACAUAAACAGUGUGAUCUGUUGAUCUGUCUUUUGUAGUUAUUUGCUUAUGACAAAUCAGCUAAAGCUUUAUGAUUGUAUGGAGAAGCUCCUCUAGGUGUGCAUGUCAGCAUACAGUGGUGGCCAACUUUCAGUUUUGAAGUUGAAGAGUUUUUCUACACAGCUUAGCUUGUAAUAGCAUGUAUUUGAAAUGCACAUAUUCAAUCAUCCCGAAAAUGUACCUCACACAGACCUUAAUUUUCACACAGUGCCUUCUGAGAAAGUGAGUUGUCUGGGCAGGCCUGUUUUAAUGAGAUAUUGCAUCAGAGUAGACCCUAGUACUGUAACUUCUAUUUUCAGGUUGUGUUCUGUCGGUAUGACCCUAAGCUGAAUAAUGGCUGUAGGGAGAAGAUUGUGUCAUCAUUGUGUCGGUGUGUGUAGAUGCGCUAGAAAGCUUUACUUCAGAUAUUUUUGACUAAAUCAUAGAAGAAAACAUGCACCUAAAAAUAUUGUCAUGCUUUAUAGAGUACUGUCCAGUGUUGGAGAUAGUUAUCUGUUAGGUUUUGGUUCAUCUAGAGUAUUUGACAAGUUUCUGUCUGGAGUCUCCACUGAGUGCCUCUAGAGUGCUGUGAGAGCAGAAACUUGACCCGUAAUGAUCAGGAAAUCAGCCCAUUGUCUUACUGUGGUCUCCUCAGUAUGUGACUGCUUCCUAACCUGCCCUCAAAGUUCCAGGGUAUCCUGACCUGUCAGAAAAUAAAGCUGAACUGAACUUGCCUGAACAGAGGACGGGAAAUCAUUGCAUAACGUACAGGAAGUGUCUACCAUCGACUUCUCUCAGAGGAACCAAGACUGUCCCUGCCUCCCAUGUCCCUCUUCCAACUGAGCUUCCCUAUAAGGUAUGGCCAUUCUGUGUCAGCUGACACUGACAUGUGAAAGGCUUGUUGGAGGACUAAUGAUGACCUACCCACAACCACCAUCACUUUUUCACGCUGUGAUUCGAAUAUGAAAUGCACUAACCAUUUCAGGUUUUACACUCUGGGACAGACAGAUCUAAUUCAAUCACUUUCAGUCUGGGCAUAGUUUAUCUUCCUGUGUUUCCAUGGGAAUCCUUUCUCUCCUUUUUUAAAGCAACUUGUUUUUACACCUAAGCAGUCAGGCUCACAGGUGGCAAAGACUUGAACUAAUUUGCAGUCUUUCAGUGUAAUCUGGAACGUUUAUCCUGAGAAAUGUGUGUUUGAGUGACAGAACUAACAAAAGGGAUCAUUUUUCUUUCCUUUUCUUUUUUAGCUUCUCUAAGAAGUAACUGUAGAACCCUAUAAAAGUCAAUCUCUUUGGCAAGCAAUAAGACAUGAGACGUCAUACAGUACUUCGAUCUAAAUCUCCUACCCCAUUAUAUCUGAUUAUCAGGUUGUAUUGUUGCAGAUGCUCAAAAUACUACUUCCCUCACUGUAUUGAAGGUUUAUCAUUAUACUCAAACAAGUUUUGCUGUUGAUCCUACUUAUAGAUAUUGGGCACAUCUAUAUUAAUGCAAAUCCUACCAUAAUCUGUAGUUUCCUUAAUCAACACUUUUCUUUUCUUUCACCUCACUUAAGGAAUAUUUUGAAAUGACUUCUGUUGAUUUUGUAUAUUUGUAUAGUGUUUGGGGUUUGUUUUGUACAAUAUACUAUGUAGUUAUACAAAUGCCGCUGUUUCAGGUCUCCUUGUGCACGUCUCACCUUCAUGUAUGGACCGGAUUAAACACCUGCACUUUACUCUCUUUCUCUGGAGAGAGGUCGUAAACGAGCUACAUUGCCGCUGAGACCGUAGACUGACAGGACAGGAUUUCCUGUCUGACAUCACCUCAGGAGAGUGACCUAGGGGUACCUACACAACCUGAGAAUGAACAUUGUACACCCAUUAAGCAAAAAUGAUGUCUGAACACAGAACUGAGGGAACAUUGUGAGAUUUCUGAAAGGGAGCUUACCAUACGUUUUUGAGUUAGUUUUCUUUGCCUGCUUAUCUGGUUUGGUUUGUUAACCUCUCAAGUCUCAUGGAAUUGAAGUUCUCUCCAUUGCUAUCGGGUGGUGUUUUUUGUUGUUUUCUCUCAGAAUAUUUUUUUUCUGUUGCCAUUUAAAUUCUCAUUUUAUAAGUCUUAAAAGGGCUUAAACCUGAAUGUAAUACAGCAUAUCAUCAUUGGAUACUAAUUUUCUCUGAAUUGAAAUAUAUAAAUACCAUAUUGCCUAAAA